AUGAGCGAGAGCGAGCAGAGGCCGGUGCCGAGGCGGGAGAGCCCGUGGGGCUUGCCGGAGGGGGACAAGCGCCAGCCCAAGGCGCACCGCUGCAACGACCGCAUCGAGGAUGUCGUCCAGGCUGCCUUUGAAGGGAAUCCAUUCAAGACAGUUCCAGGCCCAUUCAAGGUCUUUUGGCAAUGCAUGCGCUCGAAACCUGGGGAGGAACCAACUGUACCAUUUACUUACCUGCAGCUGGAUCCUCCGAAGAGGGUAGAGGCCAAGCUAGAGUAA